GGGGGUGGUUCCUGUUACUCCCGGUCCGAACCGCGCGGUGGGUUCGGACGAUAAUGCUGACCCGGCCGGAAGGUAAGGUAGUGCAGAGGAGGUCAGCGAAAUGCAGUUCCGGUGUGGGGCGCGGGUCAGGCCCGAGAGCUUGCAGGUCCGUAUGGGAAGCGAGCCCAGAACAGUAUGGACGGUUAGGGCAGACAAUCGUGUCUGUGAGCGAAAUUCUUUCCAACGAGGACUAUUGCCUAGUAUCAUCGAACUGUUGUUGGUAAUCAAAAAGUUCGUCCCAAAAAUAGCAGCC